CGGCCGACUCUCCGGGUUGUUUUGGGAGGGGGAGAUCGCUCGCCCCGCUUCCACCCGCACCCCCUUUUUUUGCCCCCUCCCUUUCCAGUCGGAUGUUCUAGAUGACCGAAUGGAGUUUUGAGCUGGACUUUUGUGUCCCUGCCGGAAUUGGGCCUGAUCCCAGAGGACUGGGGGUGGGGUGGGGGUGCUGCUGUAAAAUGCAAGUUGGAUAGGAGGAGGACCUCGCGCCCAGGGCCCCAAUGAGUGGCACACAGUCUACUAUCACCGACAGGUUUCCCCUCAAAAAACCUAUAAGGCAUGGAAGUAUUUUGAACCGAGAGUCACCAACAGAUAAGAAGCAGAAAGUUGAACGCAGUACAUCACAUGAUUUUGACCCUACAGAUAGCUCCUCCAAGAAGACAAAGUCUAGUUCAGAGGAGAGUAGAUCGGAGAUAUAUGGUCUUGUUCAGCGGUGUGUGAUCAUCCAGAAAGAUGACAAUGGAUUUGGGCUGACGGUCAGUGGAGACAAUCCAGUCUUCGUACAGUCUGUCAAAGAAGAUGGAGCAGCCAUGCGGGCUGGUGUGCAGACAGGUGAUCGGAUCAUCAAGGUGAAUGGAACUCUGGUGACUCAUUCAAACCAUUUGGAGGUGGUGAAGCUAAUCAAAUCUGGUUCCUAUGUAGCUCUCACUGUUCAGGGACGCCCACCUGGGUCGCCCCAAAUUCCCCUUGCUGAUUCUGAAGUAGAGCCAUCGGCCAUUGGACAUAUGUCUCCCAUCAUGUCUUCCCCUCAUUCACCUGGAGCAUCUGGGAACAUGGAGAGGAUCACCAGUCCUGUGCUGGUGGGGGAAGAAAACAAUGUGGUUCAUAACCAGAAAGUAGAAAUCUUGAGAAAAAUGUUACAGAAAGAACAGGAACGGCUACAGUUCUUGCAGGAAGACUAUAACCGAACACCUGCCCAGAAGUUGCUAAAAGAGAUCCAAGAGGCCAGGAAGCACAUUCCUCAGCUACAAGAGCAGUUAUCCAAAGCCACAGGCUCUGCGCAGGAUGGAGCUGUAGUGACACCUUCCAGGCCUCUAGGGGAUGCCCUAACAGUUAGUGAACCCGACAUGGAUCCUGGAGAUGGACCUUAUAGGACUGACUGGAGCGGUGGAGAUACUUCUCGGCCUGGCAGCGACAAUGCAGAUAGUCCUAAGAGUGGUCUGAAGGAGAGGAUUUAUCUAGAGGAAAACCCAGAAAAAAGUGAAUCAAUUCAGGACAUUGAUGCUCCAUUGCUCGUCAGCAGCCCUUCCACCCGGGUCGCGCCUCAUAUCAUUGGGGCAGAGGAUGAUGAUUUUGGUACUGAACAUGAACAGAUCAAUGGGCAGUGCAGCUGCUUCCAGAGCAUUGAACUGCUGAAAUCUCGCCCUGCUCACUUGGCUGUUUUCUUACACCAUGUAGUUUCACAAUUUGACCCCGCAACAUUGCUCUGUUACCUCUACUCAGACCUGUAUAAACAGACUAAUUCGAAGGAAACUCGUCGUGUCUUCCUUGAGUUUCAUCAGUUCUUCCUGGAUCGGGCUGCGCACCUGAAAGUCUCUGUUCCUGAGGAAAUAUCGGUGGAUCUAGAAAAGAGAAGACCUGAGCUUAUUCCUGAGGAUCUACAUCGCCACUAUAUACAAACUAUGCAAGAAAGAGUCCACCCUGAAGUUCAGAGGCACUUGGAAGAUUUUCGGCAGAAACGCAGUAUGGGGCUGACCUUGGCUGACAGUGAGCUGACUAAACUUGAUGCAGAGCGAGACAAGGACCGGGUAACUCUGGAGAAGGAACGGGCAUGUGCAGAGCAGAUCGUUGCUAAAAUUGAAGAAGUAUUGAUGACUGCUCAAGCUACAGAAGAAGAAAAGAGUUCCACAAUGCAGUAUGUGAUUCUCAUGUAUAUGAAGCAUUUGGGAGUCAGAGUGAAAGAACCUCGAAAUUUGGAGCACAAGCGGGGUCGGAUUGGAUUCCUCCCAAAAAUCAAGCAAAGUAUGAAGAAAGAUAGAGAAGGCGAAGAGAAAGGCAAGCGGAGGGGAUUCCCCAGCAUCCUGGGACCUCCAAGGAGACCAAGCCGGCAUGAUAACAGUGCAAUUGGCAGGGCCAUGGAACUACAGAAAGCACGCCACCCUAAGCACGUGUCCACAGCCUCAUCUGUGAGUCUUGACCCUCAGGAUUCAGCCAAGUUGCGCCAGACUGGGUCAGCCAAUGAAGGAGCAGAUGCUGGAUGCCUGCCUGCCAAUCCCAUGUCCUCUGUGGUUUCAGGGGCUGCUCUCCCACAGGAAGGAGGGAAAGAGAAUGACAUGGGAUCAAAACAAGUUGGAGAAACACCAGUAUCUGGAGACUCCUUGGAUGGCACACCUCGGCCUGCCAACACUGUUUUCGAUUUCCCACCUCCUCCCUUAGACCAAGUGCAGGAGGAGGAAUGUGAAGUGGAAAGAGUGACGGAACAUGGAACACCAAAGCCCUUUCGAAAGUUUGACAGCACAGCCUUUGGAGAAAGUCAAAGUGAGGAUGAGCAAUUUGAAAACGACCUGGAGACUGACCCACCCAGCUGGCAGCAGCUUGUUAGCCGAGAAGUGUUACUGGGACUGAAGCCCUCUGAGAUCAAAAGACAGGAAGUGAUUAAUGAAUUGUUCUACACAGAAAGAGCUCAUGUCCGAACACUGAAGGUUCUUGAUCAAGUGUUCUAUCAGCGAGUGUCCAGGGAAGGAAUUCUGUCACCUUCAGAGAUCCGGAAGAUUUUUUCAAACCUGGAAGAUAUUCUUCAACUUCACAUUGGGUUGAAUGAGCAAAUGAAGGCUGUUCGAAAAAGGAGUGAGACCUCUGUGACGGAUGAAAUUGGAGAAGAUUUACUCACCUGGUUCAGUGGACCAGGAGAGGAGAAGUUGAAACACGCUGCUGCUACCUUUUGCAGCAACCAGCCUUUUGCCCUGGAAAUGAUCAAGUCUCGUCAGAAAAAGGAUUCUCGGUUCCAGACUUUUGUGCAAGAUGCUGAGAGUAACCCUCUGUGUCGCCGCCUUCAGCUGAAGGACAUCAUUCCCACCCAGAUGCAGAGGCUUACGAAAUACCCACUUCUUCUGGAUAACAUCGCCAAGUACACAGAAUGGCCAACAGAAAGGGAAAAAGUGAAGAAAGCUGCGGAUCACUGUCGUCAGAUCUUAAAUUAUGUAAAUCAGGCUGUCAAGGAGGCAGAAAACAAGCAGCGCCUAGAAGAUUAUCAGCGUCGCCUUGAUACCUCCAAUCUCAAGUUGUCAGAGUACCCAAAUGUUGAAGAGCUCAGGAAUUUGGAUUUAACGAAAAGAAAGAUGAUUCAUGAAGGGCCCUUGGUUUGGAAGGUGAAUAGAGAUAAAACUAUCGAUCUAUAUACAUUGCUGCUGGAAGACAUCCUUGUAUUGCUACAGAAGCAGGAUGAUAGACUGGUGCUGAGGUGUCACAGCAAGAUUCUGGCAUCCACAGCUGACAGUAAACACACUUUCAGUCCCGUCAUCAAGCUGAACACAGUGUUAGUUCGACAAGUGGCAACAGAUAACAAAGCCUUAUUCGUCAUCUCCAUGUCAGACAAUGGAGCCCAAAUUUAUGAAUUGGUGGCACAGACAGUUUCUGAAAAGACUGUCUGGCAGGACCUUAUCUGCCGAAUGGCUGCGUCAGUGAAGGAGCAGUCUACGAAGCCGAUCCCCCUCCCGGAGUCACACCCGUGCGAAGGAGACAAUGAUGAGGAAGAACCACCCAGAUUAGAAGUGGAGCGCCGCGACAUCUCAGCCCCUGGCCAGCAGAGCCCAGAUAGAGAUUUGGGUCUAGAACCUCCCUUAAUCUCAUCAAAACCUCAGUGUCAUUCACUGAGUCCCGGUGAGAAGUCGGAGGCAGAUGAAGUGUUUGUGACUGCAGCACAGCUGGCAAAGGAGCAGUGUGCAGAGGCCCUGAAGGAAAGUGGAGGGAGCCAUGAGCUCACGCACACAGAUCCACACCUGCUGGUCUCAAAUGAGCGGUGGGCUCUGGAUGCACUCAGGAAUUUGGGUUUGUUGAAGCAAUUGCUGGUACAACAGUUUGUCUUGACCGAGAAGAGUCUUCAGGAGGACUGGCAGCACUUCCCAAGCCACAAGCCAGCGUCUCAGGGGGUGCAGGCAGAGGGUGGAGUCCAGAACUCAGAACACAUCAAGGCCUAUCAUCCUGGUGAUGGACAGGUGUCCUUUACAACUGGAACUGGUGACUUUGCCACUUGUCGCAGUCCACGGACUUCAACUGAAUCUUCUGCUCCCCCAGAUUCAAUAGUGUUGGCAUCCCAAGAGAGCCAGGCAAGUAACAUUUUAGUAAUGGACCCCAUGAUUCUGACCCCAGCAGCACCGGCCACGGAGUCGGAAGGGGGUCCUGAUGAGAGUGGAGAGCACUUUUUUGAUGCCCGUGAAGCCCAUGGUGAGGAUAACCUACCAGAAGGCGAUGGAGCAGAGGCGAAGGAGGAGAAGGAUGUUACCUUGCGCAUCUCAGGAAACUGUUUAAUCCUCGAUGGCUAUGAAGCGGUGCAGGAGAGCUCCACAGAUGAGGAGGUCAUGUCGUCCUUCGCCCUGCAGCCUGGGCUGGGCCUGCCCUCUGCGGACUCCCCCCAUCAGCAGCACCCCUCUCCCCAGAGCGCUCAUUCUGAUGGAGCAGCUUCACCAUUCACCCCGGAAUUCCUGGGCCGUCGGCGCUGGGGGACUUUGGAGGGCUCCUGUUUUGAGAUCCAGAGUCCCUGUUGUACAGAUUCACAGAGUCAGAUCCUGGAAUAUAUUCAUAAGAUAGAGGCUGACCUUGAACACCUAAAGAAGGUGGAGGAAAGCUACUGCAUUCUUUGCCAAAGGCUGGCUGGCUCAGCCCUCACAGAAAAGCACUCAGAUCAAAGUUAAGAGUGCGCUGGAGGUGACUGCAGGUUGCUGGAUUCCGAGCAUCGGCCCUGUAUGAACCAUGUCCCGGCUCCAGUGCGAAUGCAGCGUGGGACGGGAUCUGCGGUGCAGCACUGGGCCCCAAAGCCGCCAUGCCCGCCGGGGCGCGUCCUCAGCCUGGAAGCCGCGCUGGUCUGUCAGUGAGGGAACGCCCAUUCCCUCGUGUUCCCCUCCUCACCACUGCAAAUCCAUUCGAUUCAGAACAGAAACCAAACGUACAGAGCUUUGGGUGUAGGAUAUGAAAUUGUACUUAGGCGUAAGAAAAAGAGAAAAUCAGAUGUAUUUAUUUGACUUCAUUCCGUAUUUGAAAGCACAUUUUAAUUUUGACUUUGCCUUGUUUUGUUUUAAUUGAGUAGUGAGUUUUAGAUGUUGUUCUUAAUACACCCAAGAACCCAUUGUUCCUGAAGUGAAGAGGUCAGGACGGGGUGGGGCAGGGGUGAGAGCGGGGUGGAGAGGCAACAGCAGGAGUGAGGAGGGCGGGCAGGAGGAGGCCUGGCCUUUGCUGGGUGGCAGCUGUGUGGCAGGCUGCCCCUGUGAGGUCACCCGGCAUGGUGAGGCUCAGGGUUCCGUGUGCAGAGGACGCACGCUCUGUGCGGCCCGUCUGAGGUAAGCACCCCUGAUUAAUGGGAAUCCUCCACAUACUAAAUGGCAGGCACUUGAAAAUGGGUGUGUUUUCUUCUGUCAUUGUCUUUUCUAUUGAGGGUUGGGAUUUGAGGGGGGGGGGAGAAGAAAGCGAAUUUUUAUUUUCUUGACUAUAAAUUUGUUAUUCUUGGUAUUGUUUCAUUUUUAUGGUUACACGUUAGACUGGCACUUGUGUAAAAUCACCCUGCAGAUAGAGCAGGAAGUCAGAAGGAACGGGUGGCAGUGCUUCCAGGUGGUGGGUUGCGGGGUGGGGCGGGGCUUGUCCAAAUGGAAUCACUGCUGAGUUGAACCAGGGCUGUCAUUGGCCACGGGUACUGCUGAUCAUAGGCCAGUACAUAUCAGUACCUGGAGGUUUGACUGUAAUUGUUUGCACUGAUGGUGCCAAAGGACUCUUGGAGUCACAAGGAGAGCUGAGGGCAUUGGAGGAGGUGGUGGAGGAUGGGGGGAGCUGCUCCCUUUCACUGCUGGGGUGCAGCCCCAGGGUGGAGCCACACCCUGGCCGGCAGCCAGGGAUCAUCACUGCUGCUGGAGGAUGCAGAGUCGCCCGCAGCCCCUUGCGAGUGGGCAUGCCAGCUCGGUGCGCUGAGAGCUCCCGCAGCCCUGUCGGCCCCCUGUGGCCUUUGUGCAUUGGGUAACUAUGUUUGGGGAGUAUUUUGCCAACUAAAACAAAACCAUGUAUUAAAUAUCUAAGUUCUGUUAAUGCGCAGAAAGUUCAUGCAUUGGCCAUCCUUAGUAGUGUCCUUUGACCUCGGGAGCAAGAGUCAGGAUGUCAUUUCUUCUUCCCUGCACCCUGCCUCCUCAGGAAGCUUUUGCUCACCGCCCACGGUUGGGGCUGCCGGCUGCUUUUCUAGACGCCCCAGUACGUGAGUGCGUCCACCUGUCCAGACUCCUGCCUCUGCCCUCUUGGAGUCCACCUAGGGUCCGCUGGGAUCUGUGUACCUCAUCUAGAAAAUGGAGCUACAUUUUGAGUCACAGGCCAAGUAUAAUUGAACUCAAAAUGAAGAUUUAAAAUUUUAGAAGCACAAGCUAAUAUAUAAAUGAAGCUUGGGAUGUGGAACUUUCUGUAUCUCUUAGGAGAAGCAAGUAGAAACCAAAUGGUUGCAAAGCUGCUGGAAAUAACUGUCACUCCCACUACAAUAAGCGUUAUACCUGUAGCCACUUCACAGUAAACAGCAGGGCGAGCAUUCAUCAGACAGCAAGUGUGGGGCACACGCAUCUCAGCGUUAGACACUACGCUCACGCAGCAUUCCCAGAGUGCGGGCUGGCCAGGCCUGGGCUUCUUCCCUCCCGUGUAGCACUACCUUGUCCCUCGUGACGAUUCGCCUUUGUCCUCUACAUUUUCACCCUCUUUAGAACUAUAUAAUAGUGCUAACUGGGAGCAUACCUGCACCCAUAGUUCUAGCAAAUAAAUUAAUAUCCAGAUUAUUCAAACAGAGCUAAAGUGAAUUCUGGAACAGUCCCUCUGUACCUUCCAUCUUCUUGUCCGUCCUAUCCAGCUACUCCUCCCCGCCCAGCCUCCCUCCUCUCAACGCCCUCCAUUUCAUUGCAGCCUUCAUAAUCAUAGGCGAUUGACUUUUAUGUUCUAUCUUCCUGGCAGGAUGAUAGACGAGGCAUUCAUUCCUCUUGCCUUUGAACAGGGCUGGUUAGCUUGAGAGUGGUGUUCUCCUUGCUCCGUGGCUAGGGUUCUGUAUGAGCGCACCAGAGAAGCCCAAGGCGGCCUGCCCAGAGCGGCAGAGCUGCUUGUUCACGGUGCAGGCCGCCCCGGCCGUCCUGCCCUUCCCUGCCCCCCUGCCCUUCCCUGCCCCCCUGCCCUUCCCUGCCUCCCUGCCCUCGCUAUGGGUCAGUGGCUUUUUUGCUUUUAGUGGCAGAUUACAGUUGGAUGUCUCCUUCCUCCUCAGAGGACAGAGUUAACCAACCAGCACACCCUCAGAGCGCUGUAAUUCAAAGUCAUGAUGAUCGCCCUAUCCAUGUAUUUUGUAUACUUUAAAUCAGCUGAUGCAGACUACUGGGGUUUCAUUGGCUCUUACCACCUGAAUUGUAAUUAUUUAUUGUAUUGCAUGGGAGGUUUGUUUCAUGAGCUUUAUUCUUUCUUGGCUUUAUUCUCCCCAAAAGAAGUUGUAACAACUGCUAGAAAAGAUGAGUUUCCUUUUUAAAAGUUUUUUGGUGGUUGUUGUUUAUUUGCUAUUUGGGGAGGAAAAAGGAAAGAGUUACUGGGAUAGUAGAGAAAAGCCCUUUUUGUUUGAUUUUUUAGAAGUUGAAGGAAAGAAUUACGCUUCCCGUGAGUUCCCUGCAUGUGUCCUCACUUCCCGUGAGUUCCCUGCAUGUGUCCUCACUUCCCGUGAGCUCCCCGCGUGUCUCCUCACUUCCCGUGAGCUCCCCGCGUGUCUCCUCACUUCCCGUGAGCUCCCCGCGUGUCUCCUCACUUCCCGUGAGCUCCCCGCGUGUCUCCUCACUUCCUCUGAGUUUCCUGCAUGUCUCCUCACGUCCUCUGAAUUCCCCGUGUGUCUCCUCGUCCUCCGAGUUCCUCGUGUGUCUCUCCCCUUUGAAGUGGCUGCUGCCGUGCGGUACCUGGCUUGGUGCACCCUGCUCGGAAGGGCAGCCUCUUCCACUCACGAGUCAGAGCCAGGUAGCUGCUUCCUUCCCCAUCAUGGAGGGUGACCCUGUGGCCUGAGGCCUUCCAGUACCAAUAUCAAGUUAGCAGCAACUCACACGGCUUCCCGUGGGCUGCGCCCCCCACCACCACCAGUUUUGUUUUGUCAGUUGUGUUCUUUUCCUGACACUUCCAUCCCUUCUCAGAGUGCUCUGCAAAAUUGUUCUGUACGAGAGUUUGUUUUGUCUUGUUCCUUAUACCUUCCUCAUUUGAACUGAGGGUCUUGAUAAUAAAUGGGUAAGGAAAUAAAAAAAUACCUCCUAGAAACUCUCCCCUCCAUUUCCAACUGCUAAGCAGACGAGCUACAGGAAUGGGCAGUGCACACGGCUGGCUGUGUUUAACAAACCUCUUCCUUCCAGAACAUUCUGUUUUCCUUAUUCACCAUGCAAUCAUGUACUCUUUAACAGAAAUUGCUUUUAAAGAAAUCUGGAACUAUCUUUUAAAAAAAACUUUAUUAAUAUCAUGUAUUUUUACUGAUCACAUUUUGAAAUGCCUAAAAGACUUUAUUGUUCUAAUUAUCCAGAUGUACCUUUGUAAAAUAGCUCUUUUAUGAAUUUAGCUGAUAAGGCUGUAUGUUUCUGGAACAAAAUAUUGGUCAUCUAAAAACUUUCUGUUUUCUGGGGUCUGGGAAAAUAGAAAAUAAGAGUUCAAAUAUUAAAUAAGCUUAAAAGAACCAAG